AGACAGACGAAGUUAAGAGACACAGCAUGUGAAAAGGAGACAGAGACAUAUUAUAUCAUAGAUACAAGUUAAUACAGAUAAUUAACACUUACCCAAAACCUACACAAAAGAGGUAUAAUGAAUGACAAUACAGCCUGGGUUCCAAGAUGCCUCCAAAAUCCUGAGGUAAAUGACCAGAAGACUUGGAUGAAAGAAUGGGUUGAGAGUGAAGAAGACCUCCAGACAGUACUAGAAGCUCAUCGAAGAGCAUCUCUAAGUACCUUUGUGACAUGAUGACUCAAAGAAAAACAAACCUAGAGAGAAGGAUUCUAUGGAAAUAUGGAGAUGUCAACAUACAUAAAGGCAGUAUGCCAUUCUCUGUAAAAAGAACUAUAGUGUAUACCUGCCAAUAUGGAAAGCCAAGAAGAAAAAGUAGCAAUGAAAACAUGAAUGAAGAGAAUGAUCACCAGUACAUUAAAAAAAAAAGAUUCCUGAUACAAACAACCAAAAAGGUUGGUUGUGAGGCCAAACUUGUAGUGAGAUAUAUUACCAGUAUGUUGAGAGAAGUUCAGAACAACCUUUUAUGUUUGAAGAGGAGUUGUCAGCACGUCAUCAUUGAAUAAAGUCAGUUGUAUUAGAAGUGAAGCCUAAUCAGAAAUGAGACAAUUAUCAAAUAAUUCAAAGACUACAUGGAUGUUAUCUGGACUAACAUUUGUAUGACCCAAAUGUGGUGUUUUUCAUAUGAAGACUUUAAUACAAAGCAAAUAAUUGGCUGUGGCAAACAUGUGUAUGCAUUUACAUGUUCAAAGACUUGAAGAACUUGUACUGCCUUCUUCAGAUUUCAGUAGAAUUUGUUUAAGACAGUAAAUUCUGAGUGUGAAUCGAAGAAUUUUUGCUCAUUUAAAUGAAUUAUGAAAAUGUUUUACAUCUUAAAUAUACAAAAACAACAUACAUUAUUUUUUCUUUUUUGAAACUUUUUACAAAAUAAAUUCUUAUAUAUAUACUAA